AUGAAUGUGGCGCAGAUUCAAGAGCAUGUGUUAGGUGGAAAAAGAGAACAUCUUAACUUUGAAAGAGAACAUCUUGGUCUUAGAGAAGAAAAAAAUUCAAAAACCUGGGCACAAAAUAGUGCAAGUCGUCCUGUAAUAAGAGAAAUUCGGGAAUCUUUAUAUGGAGGAAAAUUCACAAUACACAACAUGAUCACUAUAAAAAUAUUGCCAUCUCUCGAUAUUGUGAUCCAAAAGCAUAAAGAAACUGUAAAACUUUCGAAUCCUGACUUUGAAAGUUUAUGGAAAUGGUUCGAUAAGCAUGCAUCACUUGGAAGUGAUUUAGGCAAAUAUUCGAAAGCUUAUUAUAUUUAUAAAGGUUAUUUUGUGAAACAAAACCUCGAAGAUGAAAAAAAAACUUUUUUAAGAAGAGCUGACAAUGGUUUAUGUGAAGCUCAGUUGAAGUAUAUGAAACUUUUAAGUUCUGAAAAUGAAGACAAGCAUGAAAUAUUUAAAUAUAUAAUGAUGGCUUCAAAUACCUGA